AUGAUUAAGGCUAUCCUCUUCUUCACCAACCACAGGAAGCUGUGGCUCUCCAAGUUCUACCAGCACUACAUAUAUCUAAAACAAGUAGACAAAUGUUUUGAAAAUCUCUGUGAACUGGAUUUAAUAUUCCAUGUAGACAAGGUUCACAAUAUUUUAGCGGAAAUGGUGAUGUGGGGAAUGGUAUUGAAGACCAAAGUGAAUGAGAUUGUUACACAAAUCGAUGUGCAGAAUAAAGUAGAGAAAUCUGAGGCUGGCUUAGCGGGAGCUCCAGCCCUUGCUGUAUCAGCUGUAAAUGAUAUGAAUCUUCCUGAGAUCCCAAGAAAUAUUAACAUUGAUGAUAUCAGUAUAAAAGCACCAAACCUGCCCUCUUUUAAAUAA